AUGAAUGUCAGUUCAGAAUGUGCUGGUUUAUUUGUCGAUAUCAAUAAUACUCUUUACUGUUCAAUGUAUAAUCAACAUCAAGUAGUGAAAAGAUCAUUAAAUGAAUCUGUGAUGAAUUCAAACCGUGUUGCUGCUGGAAAAGGUAUUCAAGGAUCAGACUCGAAUCAACUCGGAGCUCCCUAUGGAAUCUUUGUGGAUGUGAAUUUGGAUUUAUAUGUAGCAGAUUAUCUAAACGAUCGAGUUCAGUUAUUCCAGUCGGGAGAAUCAAAUGGUAUCACAGUAGCUGGAAGUAGAUCACUAAAUCCAACAAUUACACUUCGUUAUCCAAUUGGAAUUAUAUUAGAUGCUGAGAAAUAUUUAUUUAUUGUGGAUUUUAGAAAUAGUCGCAUUGUUGGUUCAGGCUUGAAUGGUUUUCGAUGUUUAGUUGGAUGUUAUGGAAGGGGUUCACAGUCCAACCAAUUGGGUAGUCCAUCUAGUUUGAGUUUCGAUAGUUCUGGAAACAUGUUUGUUUCUGAUUACGGGUAUCAUCGAAUUCGAAAGUUUUUACUGAUGAAAGAUUCUUUUGGUAAGUUGAAGAAAAGAUGAAUGGAAUGAAAAGGUAUGAAUAGAUAAAUAACAGAAGUUAGUAAAGAUGUUUCAAUAUAAAAAAAGAGAGAAAAUAAAAAAUGGCUGAGAAAGAUUAAUUAAACCAAUAUGUGUAAAAGAGUAUGUCUAAGGAAAUGAAAUGUUCAGGUUAGACAGAGCCAUGUAUCAAUCGUUUAAGGAAAACAACCUUCGCCCUUUUCUUGACAUUAAGACAUAGAGAAAGAAAAAGCUCUGUCCUUAAUGCAAUGAUAGAAAAGACUUUCAUGUUUCAUUUCAUGUCUCAAAGAAUAUUUCAUCAAAGAAGCACUUUUUAUCGAAAUAAAAUCUAUUCAUAUCUUUGUCGACAUAGUUUUAAUAUAAAUUAUUCUAUGAUUUCACCUCAUAUUUCAUAUGUCCAUAUGUUUGAUUCAAGAAAAAUAGGAGAAAUAAAAUCUGACAAUUCUAACUAAUUUUUCUUCUUUUUUAUGUGCAGAAUGAAUUUAGUCAUUGUUUCUGUUUGAGAGAGAUAACUUUUAAUAUGAAAUAUUAUGAAAAAUGAAUUUUCUCAUAAAGAAAUAUUUGACCGAUGAUUUUUUCUUUGAGUAGUUAUCAUAAUAUUUAAUUGCGAAGAGUAAUAUUGAAUAGUUGAACACGAUCUAUAAUGUAAUAUAUGUCAUUGCUAAUGCGAGAUAUGAUAUGUUAUUAUUAUUAUAAUUGUAAAUAAAAAAUAUUUUCUAUAAAAGACCAAAGUUGUCUAUUUGAUAAAAUAAAUAAAAUCUAUUGACUUCAUUUUGAAUAAGAAUAUUUAUUCAUUUAUUUACGAUGAUCAAUAAGAAAAAUUGAUUUUUAAUCAAAUCUACUCUAGACUGUUCUUAAAUGAAAAUUUUUCAUAAGUCAACUAAUAAAGUUUUGUUUACAAUUCAAAAUUUCAAUGAGAAAAAGCUUUUCGAUUGAUAAAAGAUUUGUUAGUUGUACAAAUAUUUAUUUUACUUUUUCUUGAAGAUGUGUAGUUCAUGAGUGGUUUCGUAUUAAGAGAAUUGUUUAUUCUUUUCUCAUGGAAAUAAACAUUUUCUUAUUUUGUUGCUUUUUUCAUAGGAAAAACAUUGAAAUGUGUAAAAUACUAUUAAGAUUACAAAGAAAGAUUUGUUUUAUUUAUAUUGAACAAAGAUGAAAUAUUGUAAUCUUUGAUGAACCUUUGAAAUUUCUCAAGAUAAAAAAUGUUCGAGCGAGAAUUUGUAUGAAGAAUGUCUAUAGAGAGAAAAGAAGAGUUUUUGCGGAUCAUAAUACAUCGUAUUUUUUUCUCAUUCAAUAUCAAUAUGACGUGUAGUAAUAUUAUUUUUCAUUUCUCAAUGAAAUUUACUAAGAUAAAUCGAGUUAUAUUCCCGAUAAUAUAGAUAAUUGAGAAAUCAUAGUGAUAUUUAUCUUUUCCCUUUGAUUUUUUCUCUAAAUUAACUUUAAGUGUUUAUCAGAAACAAGUUUGAGAAACUUUGAAUAAAUGUCUAACAAUAGAAAUCUAAUCCCCAAUAACUAUUUCAAAGAAAGAUCUGCAAUGACAUUUGUGCAGAAUUAUUUUUCGAAGAAGCUAGCUUGAUAAUUAAAAUUCACUUGAAAAAAGCGAAAAAGAUGCUCAACAUUGAAAUAAAUAAACUGAAUUCAUAAAUAUUCCUUCUUUUCUAUUGAGUCUUUUGUUUUCAAAUCAAUAAAUUGUUGUAUUUGACUAUUUUCUAACAAACAAUUUAUUUGAAUUUAUCACAAGAUUUUCAACAAAAGUUAAACAAAUAAAUUUCAAUAAAAUAAUAAUUUAUAUUUCAUACCAAAAUCGAUAAAGUCGUUGCUAAAAUCAAUCUUGACAAACAUUUCUAAAUGUCUUUUUUGUCAACAAUAACUUUGAAAAAACUUUAUCUUUCUUCUAUGAAUAUGUAAAAUAACAAUUUCAUUUUCUUUAGUUCUCCUCUAAUAGUCUUUCUAUUUUUUUCGUUUCCAGGUGUUUCAUCCAAUCAACCAAAGUUUUGUCUAACAGCCGCUUGGAAUUUCAAUGCAAUUACCUUUGCUAAUCAAUCGAGUGUUGGUGAAUAUCCUACCGCCAUUUUUGUGAGUACAAACAACACAAUUUAUGUCGCUAAUAAAGAAAAUAACACAAUUGU